AUGAUUUCCGAUUCGAUGGAAGUGCCGAUUCUGCUCAUCUCCAAUGGGGUUCUGCUUCCCGGUGCAAGUGUGAAGCUUCCAAUUAAAAGUCGAAUCAACAUUAACACAAUUGAGCAGUAUUUGGCGAAACGGGCUGGAACGCAAAAUUACGUCGCGAUUGGAUAUAAAACAUCGCAAGACAAGGUUUUCGAGAUUGCCACUCUAGCCUACGUUGAGAAAAUCUUUGGAAUGACAUUCAACAAUCUCGUUCAGUACACAAUUCAUGUUGUUGGCCUCGAACGUGUAAAUAUUGACAGUCUCUCGCUACCAACUUGCCGCAUUUCGAAAAUCGUCGAUUCCGCAGGUGAUUUGGGACACGACACCAUUGAGUUUUUGGUGAAAUACGCCAAGACGUUUGCGACGAGUGGUGUCGGCCGCGAUCUCGCCAACGAGAUUGAGCAUCUCAUCGAUGAGCGCGAUUUCGGCAAACUUGUCGAUUUGUGCGCGUCGCGCUUAAAAUUUGUCGGAUAUGGCGCGUUUUUGGAGUUUCUUGCGACGAGCGAUGUUCAAAAACGAAUGGAGAUGCUCGAGAGAUGGAUCGGAACGCAGGAGCCGAAGAGCAUUGCGCUCUAUCAUCCGAAGAGCGACGAUGACAAACUGCCGGCGAGAGCGACGCGAACUCGAAAAAUUGCACCCGAAAAGACGGGUGUUGAAGAGCUCGAGCACAAAUUGGCGACAAUUCAGCUUCCGGAGAAGAUUGAGAAUCGCGUGAUGUCGGAACUUGGCCGCCUCAAGACGCUCAACUCAUCGCAAACCGAAUAUAAUGUUCUGAUUGGAUGGCUCGAACUGGUUGCAGCACUUCCUUGGAAUUCGUCGACUCCCGACGAGAUUGAAAUCAGCAAGGCUCGAUCAUUAUUGGAAGAAUCGCACGAUGCCAUGGAUGAUGUGAAGCAACGCGUUUUGGAGCAUCUCGCCGUGUGCAAAAUGAACAAUUCGGUGAAAGGAAUGAUUUUGUGUUUUGCUGGACCGCCGGGAAUUGGAAAAACGAGCAUUGCCAAGGCGAUCGCCGAAUCAAUGGGUAGGAAGUUCGAGCGAAUCUCGCUGGGCGGAAUUCGCGACGAAAGCGAUAUUCGCGGACAUCGACGCACGUACGUCGCGGCGAUGCCCGGCCGAAUCAUCGAGGCGUUGAAGCACUGCAAAUCCAACAAUCCGGUGUUUCUGCUGGAUGAGAUUGACAAAUUGUACGCCGGCAAUCAGGGAAGUCCGUCGGCUGCCCUUCUCGAAUUGCUCGAUCCCGAACAGAAUGACGCGUUUCAUGAUCACUAUCUCAAUCUACCAUUUGAUAUGUCGAAAGUGAUGUUCAUCGCAACGGCCAAUGAUAUUGCUCAAGUGGAGCCAGCUCUACGCGAUCGACUCGAGAUAAUUGAAAUGAGCGGCUAUUCGCUUAAAGAGAAGCUGAAAAUCGCUGAAAACCAUUUGUUGCCGAGGCAACUCGCGAAACAUUGCAUAUCGCCGGAUUAUGUCGAGAUCGACAAAACCGCGAUUUCGACAAUGAUUGAGGAAUACACAAUGGAAGCUGGUGUUCGCCAACUUGAGCGAAAUAUUGGAGCAAUUUGCAGACAUGUGGCAUUGAGAUUGGCUGAGGCUUUGAAUUCGGACCCUGGCUCCGAUGUUGUGCCGGAAAUGCAAUUGCCUAUCAAAAUCGGGCAAUCGGAAGUUUAUUCGAUAUUGAAGAACAAAUUAAUGAAGAAAUUGAAAAUUGUUGAGAAGAUGAAGCCGUUGAAGCCGGGAGUGUGUUUUGGAUUGAGUGUGACGACGAAUGGCGGAAAAGUGAUGCCAAUUGAAGCCUCGAAAAGCGUUGGAAAUGGUAAAAUCGUGACAACCGGACAUUUGGGAAAAGUGCUCGAUGAGAGCAUUUUGGUGGCGAAGAACUGGCUUGCCGCCAAUUCGCAUCGGCUAAAUCUCAAAAAUUUGAAUGAUUAUGAUGUUCAUGUUCAUUUACCUUCAGGAAGUAUCAACAAGGAUGGACCAUCCGCUGGUUGUGGUCUCGCCGCGACUUUGGUUAGUUUGGCGAUGGAUGUGCCUUUAAGGUGUGACACGGCGAUUACCGGAGAAAUUUCGCUGACUGGCCAUGUGCUACCGAUCGGAGGUGUUAAAGAAAAGGUUCUCGCCGCUCAGAGAGAAGGACUCCGAAGGGUGGUGCUUCCAAAGGCAAAUAUUGAAGAAUAUGAGAAGCUUGAUGUGGAUAUUAAAAAUGAGAUGGACAUUGUGCUUGUCGACACCAUCGAAGAGGUGAUUGAAGCGAUGAUGGAGUCAUCGAGAGUUUUGGCGAAAUUGUGA